UAUGAACUUCUAGGGGUAGUUGUAUGGUGCUAAUUUAGGGUUUGGAAGCAAGGAAGCUCGGAAGCCCAAAUCGACUCUUCGAUAAAGAAUCCAUCAUACAAUUUUCAAAUCCUCUGCAUUUUCCAAUCCAGAAGGUAAUCAAUUGAAUUCAAAGGUGGGUUUUUGAAUUUGAUAUAUGGGUUUCGAAUUUUAAUGGCUAAUCUCUGUUCUUCAUGGUGAUCCAUUCCCCUUCCUUCGUCUGCUCUCUUCACCAUCACAAACCACCGGAUCACCAGCAACCCUAAACUUUAGAUCAUGGAGAAAGAGAGCCAAAGUUCAAGAAGCACGAGGAAGAGAACCAAGGGAAUCAGAGAAGAGAUUGAAAGACAAAUAACAACAGGUCAUUAAAAAGCAAGCAGCGAUCAGAACUGAAGCCAUUGGGUGGGAAGUUAGAGUCGAGAUUAGAAGGAUGAGAAAACUAUAUUCUCCCCGCCAUUUCUAAAGGAUGAGAUUGAUUCUUAUCCCACUGCAGGAUUAGAAGUUAACAACAUAUGCCUGAACGGAUCGUGGAGAGCCAAAGUUCAAGAAGCACGAGGAAGAGAACCGAGGGAAUUAGAGAGGAGAUUGAAAGACAAAUAAAAACAACAGGCUAUUAAAGAGCAACUAGCAGUUAUCGAAGCCAUUGGGUGUGACAUUAGAGAAGAGAUCGGAAGGAUGAGAAAACGACUUUCUCACCGGCUUUUCUAAAGGAUGAGAUUGGUUCCAUUCCCUGAACUGCAGGAUUAGAAGUUUAGAAUGGGACCGGAUUUUGAUUUGAUACCACCUGAAUAAAUUACAUCCAUUCAGUACAUGCAUCAACUAGACCAAAGAAGGAUCAACAAAGCUUCCAGCACACAAGUCAGCGUCCCAUUUUAUAGUGUUUUGUAUCUGACUAUUUGUCACAAAUUCACAUGGAGUCAUCGAAAAAAAGCAUGGCAUCAUGGAAAGUGGUGUUUAGAUAGUCCACUUAAUGGAUUCAAUGAAACCAAGUGAUUAAAAAGGAAGGCAAGGCAGGUGGUAGAGGUGGUGCUGAUGGUAGUGAUGAUGCUUUUGGGAAAAGGCCCAUUAAACAAGUCCACCAACUUUUUAAGUUGCAGGCAACUUUGAAUUCCAAAAAUGCCACUCCCGCAUGUUCGUGUACUUCUCUCCUUUGGGUGGAUUGAGGGCAUCAGGACAAUUCUAGAGAAUGUGUGUAUCGUUGAAUCUCAUUGGGCUGGCUUUCGUCAAAUGAGGCUUUCAUCAAAUGAUCAAGGAAACAAAAGCAAGGCCUAUAAAUAAGAGUUUAUUUCAACUAUGACAAUUUAUUAACAUACCUAAAUAGUAGUUUAUAUAUUGUUUUAUUUAAAUAUAAUGACUCAUAUGUGUAAGAAGGGAAAAAAAGGCAUGCAAAUCUUCAUUUAAGCAAUGUAGAGAGGGCCCGAGACGUUCACCAUGCAAAAGAAUUGCUACC